UUUGCUGCCGGGCCGGGCGGCGCGCAGGCUGGCCAGCUUCGGAUAGGCGCCGCUCGCAGCCAAUCAGCGUGUCGGGGACACUGCGCGCUUUAAGGCCGCUCCGGGGAGAACAGAAACCAAGUUCCCCGGCAACCAGCAGCAUCCACCCGGCGGCAGGCAGGAGCCAGCGAGGCCCAGAAGGCUGCAGAGAGCGCCAGCCACUCGGAGUCUAGCUCACCCCUACUUCUCUUCGUCUUCCUUCGCCUCCCACCCGCCGAGGUCCGACUGGUCUCUUCGCCUGAGCCAAGACUAGGGAGGGGGUUAGGAGCAGCCGCGCCCCCCUCCCCGCGGCAGCCGCCCCUUGCUCUCCCAGCUCUGCUCACUGCCGCGUGCGCCCGGGCCCGUGCGCCCCGGCAGCGCCAGCCAUGUCGAUGCUGCCGUCGUUUGGUUUUACGCAAGAGCAAGUGGCGUGCGUGUGCGAAGUUCUGCAGCAAGGAGGGAACCUGGAACGCCUGGGCAGGUUCUUGUGGUCGUUGCCCGCCUGCGAUCACCUGCACAAGAACGAGAGCGUGCUCAAGGCCAAGGCGGUGGUCGCCUUCCACCGCGGCAACUUCCGCGAGCUCUACAAGAUCCUGGAGAGCCACCAGUUCUCGCCUCACAAUCACCCCAAACUGCAGCAGCUGUGGCUGAAAGCGCACUACGUGGAGGCCGAGAAACUUCGCGGCCGACCCCUGGGUGCCGUGGGCAAAUAUCGGGUGCGCCGAAAAUUCCCGUUGCCGCGGACCAUCUGGGACGGCGAGGAGACCAGCUACUGCUUUAAGGAGAAGUCUCGGGGCGUGCUGCGAGAGUGGUACGCGCACAACCCCUAUCCUUCACCGAGGGAGAAACGGGAGCUGGCCGAGGCCACUGGCCUCACCACCACCCAGGUCAGCAACUGGUUUAAGAACCGGAGGCAAAGAGACCGGGCCGCCGAGGCCAAGGAAAGGGAGAACACCGAAAACAAUAAUUCCUCCUCCAACAAGCAGAAUCAACUCUCUCCUCUGGAAGGGGGCAAGCCGCUCAUGUCCAGCUCAGAAGAGGAAUUCUCACCUCCCCAAAGUCCAGACCAGAACUCGGUCCUUCUGCUCCAGAGCAAUAUGGGCCACGCCAGGAGCUCAAACUAUUCUCUUCCAGGCCUCACAGCCUCCCAGCCCAGCCACGGUCUGCAAGCCCAUCAGCACCAGCUCCAGGACUCUCUGCUGGGCCCACUAACCUCCAGUCUGGUGGACUUGGGUUCCUAAGUGGGGAGAUACUAAGUGGGUCUUGAAGGGAUGGCCGGAGCAGCAACCAACCACAGCAAUCUAGGGGACACUUGUACAUAGACGCCAGGGACAAUUCUGCAGCUUGUUUCUGGGGUUCUUUGCGCAGAAAGGAACCACAGGCUUUCACAAUUGUCUUUUUAAAAAUUACAACCAACAGCGGUCUCAGUUGAGCAUCCUCUCUCUCUCUUCUCUCCGACUCUUACUACCCUUGCAUUUCCCCUCCCACUAAAAGGUCAGGAAAUAACAAAAACAGCCAGGCUUGGUUCUGGGCAACCCAGGCAUCCUUUACAGUAGUCCCUUCUCCCACCUCUUCCUCCUCUUCUUCCUCUUCUUUCUCCUCCUCUUCGUCUUCUUUUAAUGAACAGAAAUUACAAAUCAGCUGGAUUUUAAUUAGUUUUUUUAAUUUAUUUAUGGAGAAACGGUUUAGGGAACAGGAAAAGGAAAUGAAGAGGGAGAGAGAUCAAAAUAAUGAAAACAAGAAACCUUCAGUGUGAGGGGAACUGGCUGCCUUCUUAAGAUGAAUAGGAAAACUAUAAUCACAGCUGUUUUUUGAUGGGAAGAUUAAGUUUACAUUUUUCAUAUUUAGUGUUAAAUAAUUUUAUGUAGAUUAAAAUAAAAGAGCAGUAUUAGCAAGGGAAACAAGUGCCUAAAUGUCUUAAUGCUCUCUAUGGGAGGCGGUUAGAGUAGCAGCGAUGUUAGUAAUACAACUAUUUUUGUCAAAUUGAAUAGGGGUUUUGGUGAUUGUUUUCUUGUUUUUUUUUUUUUAAUUUUUAUGACAAACUCUAAACAUGUACCAAGGAGGGAGGGGGAAAACCCGCUUUCCUAAAUGUCAUCAGUUCUUCCUCAGAAACACUCCUAUCUGUAGGCUGCCUCUGUCCUGAGGGCUCUGUUACUCCUAGUUCCUACUUACAGGGGGGGGUGCCAACCAAUCUGGCAGCCUGGUGUUUGUUACUAAAACAGCAUGUGUUUUUAGGCCUCGGUUCUAUUGUACCUAAACCAGUCUAAAUUAAAACUCAGUAGACCAGCAGGA